GUCGCGACUGACUCACGCGUGCUAUCGCGAUUCUUGACCGCACACCGUCUCUCCUCUCACGACAUUGCGCGCAUACUGUCACUAUCCGCUGGCGUUCCAACUCGCUUUAUUGUUUCUUCACGAUGCGACCAUUCCACGUUGCACUUAUCGCCCGAUUACAGAUUAGAUCUUCCCGCUCGUAGCAGCGCAUUCGCUGUGACCACAACGUGCGCCAUCCGCAUAAAAGAGACGUUACCAGGUGCCUGGCCUCUUACCUGCGGGGAAGCGCAUCGUGUUCGCACUUCCAGAUUCCAUUGGUUGCGCCUUGUGCGAGGAUCCGCGCAUCAACCUCCUGGAAGCUGGCACCUCCGCGCCCCGUUGAAUACACAACCAGCCCUGGAGCACGCGAACAGCCAUGGAGCCUCAUUCGCGAUCCCUUUCGUCUCAGAAUGGCACGUUGCGUCUUCCACAGGCUCUCAUCCUGCUGCUGAAGUUCGCUUUGGCUCAGUCAGCCAAUGAUCAGGGCACACAAAGUCUCGCCGACCUUCCCCUGUGGGACUCUAUAAGACUUUCAACUUACCGUCUGAUCCUUUUCAUCAAUCCCUUCGUGAACCGAGGCAACUUUGUCACUUCAAUUAUCGUGGGCAUGGUCGGAUUGACGGCUCUAUGCGGCUCUGCUUACUGGGUAUGGAAUCGGCAAAGCAGGAAAGGAAAGAUCGCUCCGUCCAUCAACUCCCAGCAUGUAGAAGACGCCACUGAGGACGAUGCUGCCACUAACGAUCCGGGACUCUUGAGGAAGCACUCCACCAUCCAGUCAUAUACGGUUCUGUCUACCAACAUCACCUAUCCCGCCAUUCGAACUUUCUACAGGCCACAUCCACAGGAAAGCAAGUUUUCUAGGAAGCCUAAUCCGGUACCUUUGUUGGUGUUUAUUCACGGCCUUGGCGGAUCGAUUGCGCAGUUUCAUCCUAUCUUGCUAAGUCUGUCUAACCUCGCUUCUUGCUUAGCGAUCGACCUUCCAGGAUGCGGUCUAUCUUCUUUCGAUCCGAAGUCUGCUCAGGCGUACACCACGGAUGCACUUGUCCAACUGCUAGCAGCCGUCAUCGAGCAGCAUCGUGCCAAAGAUGAAGGUCAGACCGUUAUCUUGAUCGGGCACAGCAUGGGGUGCUCUCUUGCUGCACUUUUGGCCUCACCAACAUCACCUCAUGCCAAUCUGCUGUCAAGGCACGUUAGUGGUCUCAUUGCUAUCUGUCCCAAGGCAGACCCUCCGACCGAGCAUCAGACGAAGCUUCUACAUAGAGUGGCUUCAGUACCCGCGAUGCUGUUUGAUCUGUACAGAGGGUGGGACCGCAGGGGAGGGAUCAACAGCGCAAGCGUGCUUCGUAUGGCUGGGACAGAUGCUGAGGAAGAGACCAAGAAGCUGCAAUUACGGUUUAACAGACAAAGCCGUACGGCUGUAUGGCAGCGCAUGGCACGUGGGAUGUGCCCAGACUAUCAGACCAGCCCUACCACAGGCGGUCUUCCCGGACGUCGGACUUGGCAGGGCUUGCAGAUGCCGGUUUUCCUUAUUGCUGGCGAGGCCGACUCCGUUACACCGCCUGAUAAUGUCAAACGUAUCGUGGAAUUCCUUGGCCGCGACGUGGGGGCUAUCGAGCCACCCAGCGAAAAAGCAAGCCUGCCGAUAGCAGCAGCACCGUUCGACCCAGCGGUAGUGGAUCCUGCUUUGGCAGAGCGCAAGCAUCAGGACUCGGGUAUCGAUGCCAACGAUAUCCCAAAGCUUGACGACGAUAGAAAAGCUUCCAGUACAUCGGCCACCUCUACAAUCGGUGACAGUCUAAUAGAGACAGAGAGCCGCACCACGGAAGGCAGUAUUGUCAUCAAAGAUCCGCUGCCAAACUCCGCUGCACCUACACCAUCAUCCAACAGUCCAUCCCCACAUCCUCGUCGACUCGUUGUCAAGACCGCGAUCAUGCCCAAGCCCGCAGCGCACUCCAUGCUCUUCGCCCCCUCAACCUCACGCAUCCUCUCCGGCCUAAUCGGCAGCUUCCUCGCCGACCACAUCGACCCGCGCCUCUCGCUCGCCUGGCAACUACAGUACCUCUCCACCGAAGGCAAAUGGGACGUCAAAAACCUUGAGAAAUGGCAAGCCAUACAACCCGUCUCAGAUCCCAUCGCCAACACCUUCCGCGCCAUGAAGACGCUGCGCGAGGUCGACGAGCGCCAUGCCCCUAAGAUCGUGGCAAAGGAGUGGAAAGGCAAGAUCUGCGCUGUCAUUGACAUUUCGCAUGAUAUCCCCGUUUACGACCCCAAAGGCCUUGAGGAGGGAGGAAUUGAGUACUACAAAUUCCCCACCGUGUCGAAACAGCCGCCCAUGAAAGACGAGGUCAAGGCGUUCAUCGAGCUCGUUGAUCGCGUCAAGCUGCAGUGUCAAGAACAGGGCAAAGAGGGGCUGGUUGGUGUGCACUGCCAUUAUGGUUUCAAUCGCACGGGGUUUUUCCUGGUUUGUUAUCUUGUGGAGAGGUUGGGGUUCAGGUUGGAAGAUGCGAUUGAGGAGUUUAGGGUGGCGAGGAGUCCGGGGGUUAGACAUAGUCAUUUUAUUGAUGAGUUGCAUGUGAGGUACUGCUCUGGGUUGAGAAGGGCGCCUACGCUGUAGGCCACGGAGGAAAGAUGAAGUUCUGUAGAUUAUUUUCCUUUGAUUUGGGUGGAUUUAGCGCUGCGUUCGGCGUUGCAUUGGGAUUCUUAGGGCUCAUAUUGGGUACCACGGUGCACAUCAGUCAUUGGGGACUGCAC